CGGCGGCUCGGCCCGGCGGGCCCGGCGGCGCCGCAGCCCAUGGAGCUCGAGAACAUCGUAGCGAACACGGUGCUACUCAAGGCCCGGGAAGGUGGUGGUGGGAAUCGCAAGGGCAAAAGCAAGAAAUGGCGACAGAUGCUGCAGUUCCCCCACAUCAGCCAGUGUGAAGAGCUGCGGCUCAGCCUCGAGCGUGACUACCACAGCCUGUGCGAGCGGCAGCCCAUUGGGCGCCUGCUGUUUCGAGAGUUCUGCGCCACGAGGCCUGAGCUGACCCGCUGCAUAGCCUUCUUGGAUGGAGUGGCUGAGUAUGAAGUGACCCCUGAUGAGAAGCGGAAGGCUUGUGGGCAGCGGCUAAUGCAGAAUUUUCUGAGCCACACGGGUCCUGACCUCAUCCCUGAGGUCCCUCGGCAGCUGGUGACUAAUUGCUCCCAGCGGUUGGAGCAGGGGCCCUGCAAAGACCUCUUCCAGGAGCUCACCCGGCUGACCCAUGAGUACCUGAGCAUGGCCCCUUUUGCCGACUACCUCGACAGCAUCUACUUCAACCGUUUCCUACAGUGGAAGUGGCUGGAAAGGCAGCCAGUGACCAAAAACACCUUCAGGCAGUAUCGAGUCCUGGGCAAAGGAGGCUUUGGUGAGGUGUGUGCCUGCCAGGUGCGGGCAACAGGCAAGAUGUACGCUUGCAAGAAGCUGGAAAAGAAGCGUAUCAAGAAGCGGAAAGGGGAGGCCAUGGCACUCAAUGAAAAGCAGAUCCUGGAGAAAGUGAACAGUAGGUUUGUAGUGAGCUUGGCCUAUGCCUAUGAGACCAAGGACGCGCUGUGCCUGGUGCUGACACUGAUGAACGGAGGCGACCUCAAGUUCCACAUCUACCACAUGGGCCAGGCUGGCUUCCCCGAGGAGCGGGCUGUCUUCUAUGCCGCGGAGAUCUGCUGCGGCCUGGAGGACCUGCACCGGGAGCGCAUCGUGUACAGGGACCUGAAGCCAGAGAACAUCCUGUUGGAUGACCAUGGUCACAUCCGCAUCUCUGACCUGGGGCUAGCUGUGCACGUGCCAGAAGGCCAGACCAUCAAGGGUCGUGUGGGCACUGUGGGCUACAUGGCUCCGGAGGUGGUAAAGAACGAACGGUACACAUUCAGCCCAGACUGGUGGGCACUAGGCUGCCUCCUAUACGAGAUGAUUGCCGGCCAGUCACCCUUCCAGCAGAGGAAAAAGAAAAUCAAGCGAGAGGAGGUGGAACGGUUGGUGAAGGAGGUGCCUGAAGAAUACUCAGAGCGCUUUUCCCCUCAGGCCCGCUCGCUCUGCUCCCAGCUCCUGUGCAAGGACCCUGCUGGGCGCCUAGGGUGUCGUGGAGGUGGUGCCCGCGAAGUAAAGGAACACCCCCUCUUCAAAAAGCUGAACUUUAAGCGGCUGGGAGCUGGCAUGCUGGAGCCACCCUUCAAACCUGAUCCCCAGGCCAUUUACUGCAAGGAUGUUCUGGACAUCGAACAGUUCUCCACAGUUAAGGGUGUGGAGCUGGAGCCCACUGACCAAGACUUCUACCAGAAGUUUGCCACGGGCAGCGUGCCCAUCCCCUGGCAGAAUGAGAUGGUGGAGACCGAGUGCUUCCAGGAGCUGAAUGUCUUUGGGCUAGAUGGCUCAGUUCCCCCAGACCUGGACUGGAAGGGCCAGCCACCUGCACCCCCCAAGAAAGGACUGCUGCAGAGACUCUUCAGCCGCCAGAGGUGAGCAGUGUGGGCUCCCCGUGGGUUGGCCUUGCUGCCCAGCCUCGGGGAGCCAC